GAUUGGUUUUGAUGAUGUGUUGUAGUGCAGCUAAAGGCAUUUAGAGACGAGCGUAGCGGGAAGUUUCUUCCCCUAAAUGGGCUGUUUUCAGUCUACUUCAAGAAAACAAUUUCCUGGUUAUGAAGAUCCCGUUCAACUUUCAUCUCAAACAGCUUUCAGUGUAAGUGAGGUUGAAGCAUUAUUUGAACUGUUCAAGAGCAUCAGCAGUUCUGUCAUUGAUGAUGGGCUAAUCAAUAAGGAAGAACUUCAAUUGGCUCUAUUUAAGAACAGGAAAAAAGAGAAUCUUUUUGCAAACCGAAUCUUUGAUCUCUUUGAUGUGAAACAAAAAGGAGUGAUUGAUUUUGGUGAUUUCGUUAGAUCACUCAACGUUUUCCAUCCAAAUGCACCACAAGAAGAUAAAAUUAACUUUUCGUUCAAGCUAUAUGAUAUGGACGGAACUGGAUAUAUCGAGCGUCUAGAGGUGAAGCAAAUGUUGAUUGCACUUCUGUGUGAAUCUGAGAUGAAGCUGGCUAAUGAGACGAUCGAGAUGAUUCUGGAUAAGACAUUUAUGGAAGCCGACGUUGACCAGGAUGGAAAAAUUGACAAGUCUGAAUGGCACAAUUUUGUUGCCCGAAAUCCUUCGUUGUUGAAGAUAAUGACACUUCCAUAUUUGAGGGAUAUAACAACGACAUUUCCAAGCUUCGUUUUCAACUCGGAGGUUGAUGAAAUUGCGACAUAAACUGAUGAGAUUUACCUGUCUGUGUACUGUAGUUUAGAAAAAUACCGAAUUUUUUUACCGACCACGUUGAAAGAGAAUUAUUAUAAUUUGUAUUUUUGGAUGGUACUGCAUAUUAUCGAUUAAUUAUGGUGAGGAUGCGGCGGCGUGGAUUUUAUCACAUCCCCCCUCCAUUUGUAUUGGUAUGUCUAAUAAAUUGUAUUUCCGGUUUUCA